AUGGCGCAGAAGCAGAAGUCCCUCGUGCAGAGACUGGACGCAGAGAUCGCGAACAUCGGCGACCACUUCACUCAACUCGUCUCCGUCUCUAGGGUAAAUGAUCCUCCCGUUCGCAACACUCAAGAUUCAUUCCAGAUGGAAGUUCGUGCUGCGAAGAUGACUCAGGCCGCGUACUCGCUGCUGAAAUUGGUAUCGGAGCUGAAGCAGACGGCGAUGUUCUCGGGCUUUGCUUCGUUGAACGAAAAUGUGGAAAGGAGAACUGCAGUCUUCAAUCAGGAGGCGGAGACCACUGAGAGGAUGCUCGAAAGGAUCGGAGAGCAGGCGGCGGCGAGCUUGAAGGAGUUGGAGUCGCAUUACUAUUCUUCCGUCAUGAGAACUGUGCAGAAUGAAGAAUGAUUCAUGUUGGUUUUUCAGAUGAUUGUGGAUGCGUCGAUCUGCUGGGUUCAUACACAGUCUGAUGGUCAGUGGUGAAAUACUCUCCUAUACUUCCCACAUCAGUGCUCUCCAAAACUACUUGAAUUUAAUUAUCUUCAUAUACAACUCUUUGGCCGUCUCUGAUCUCACACUAUUUUACGGGAGUUUUAUCAGAUCAUUGUUAUUAUGUAAGCAAAUUCAUUGGCGAUCCCUUACUACGAAAGGAUAUGUGAGAAUACUUGUGCACUGACAGGAGCUUCUUAGCAAACUAAUUCUUGGUGGAUUGUAGUCUUUUUCUCUGUGGAUUUCUCUUUAUCCUGUUGCAGUAGUACCUGUGCACGAGCUUAUGUUGAUCAUGUUGCUUUAGCUAUUCCUGGCUGACAUUCUCAACUGUAAGAUGAAGUAACAAUUUUGCUGAACGCCCAAGUUUCUUCCUUUUUUUUUCC